AUGGAGCCCAGCAACAGAACAGCAUUCUCUGAGUUCAUCUUGAAGGGAUUUUCUGGCUACCCAGCCCUGGAGCACCUACUCUUUCCUCUGUGUUCAGUUAUGUACCUGGUGACCCUGCUGGGGAACACGGCCAUCGUGGUGGUGAGCAUCUUGGAUGCUCGCCUACACACGCCCAUGUACUUUUUCCUGGGUAACCUUUCCAUCUUGGACAUCUGCUACACGUCUACCUUUGUGCCCCUGAUGCUGGUCCACCUCCUGUCAUCCCGGAAGACCAUCUCCUUUAGUGGCUGUGCCAUCCAGAUGUGUCUGAGCCUCUCUACGGGCUCCACCGAGUGCCUGCUGCUAGCGGUCAUGGCCUACGACCGCUACUUGGCCAUCUGCCAGCCGCUCAGGUACCCCGUGCUCAUGAGCCACAGGCUCUGCCUGAUGCUAGCGGGAACCUCCUGGGUGCUCUGCCUCUUCAAGUCAGUGACAGAGACGGUCAUCGCCAUGAGGCUGCCCUUCUGCGGCCGCCACGUGAUCAGACACUUCACCUGUGAGAUCCUGGCUGUGCUGAAGUUGGCCUGUGGGGAUACAUCAGUCAGCGAUGCCUUUCUGCUGGUGGGAGCCAUCCUCCUGCUGCCCGUACCCCUGACCCUCAUCUGCCUGUCCUACAUGCUAAUCCUGGCCACCAUCCUGAGGGUGCCCUCAGCCACCGGGCGCCGCAAAGCCUUCUCCACCUGCUCGGCACACCUGGCUGUGGUUCUGCUUUUCUACAGUACCAUCAUCUUCAUGUACAUGAAACCCAAGAGCAAAGAGGCUCGUAUCUCAGACCAGGUCUUUACAGUCCUCUACGCUGUGGUGACCCCCAUGCUGAACCCCAUUAUCUACAGCCUGAGGAACAAGGAGGUAAAGGAGGCUGCCAGGAAAGCUUGGGGCAGCAGAUGGGUCUGUAGGUGA